AUGGCAGUAAGCUCCGAAUCUGAGUGCUUCACCUGGUUCAAAUGCUUUUGUGGGGAUCGCUUCUCGGCCCGUCUCAUGAAGCCCUUUGAGGGCGUUCCUCUUUCGGAGGGCGCACUAUUGAAACAGAAGCGCGAUGCGGCUCUUGUUGAAGCGCGGAAGAAGGCUCUGAUGGCCAUGCGGAAGAAGAGGGCCGAAACACGUCAUGCCCUCAAGCUGCGCACCUACAAGUACGUCAAGGAGUACCGCCAACAACGCGAGGAACUCAUCAAGAACAAGCGGGAAGCCCGAGCUCAGGGCGGCUUCUACAGAGCCCCCGAGGCGAAGGUAGUGUUUUGCAUUCGCAUUAAGGGUAUCAACAAAUUGGCGCCCAAGCCAAAGAUGAUUCUGCAGCUCUUCCGCCUCCGCCAGCUGCACAACGGCGUCUUCAUCCGCGUGAACAAAGCGACUAUGGAGAUGCUGCAGGCUGUUCAGCCGUUUGUGACUUACGGCUAUCCCAGCCUGUCCACUGUUCGAAAGCUAAUUUACAAACGGGGCUACGCGAGAGUUGGCGAGAUGGGAUCAAAGCAAAGAGUGCGCCUGCAAGAUAACGACGUCAUUGAGAAGCACUUGGGCAAGUACGGCAUUCACGGCAUUGAAGAUCUUGUGCAUGAGAUAUACACGUGCGGCCCCGCAUUCAAGCAGGCCAACGCAUUCCUCUGGACCUUCAAGCUCAACUCUCCCAGAAAAGGCUUCAAGUGCAAGCGCCACGGAUUCUGCGAGCCUCGUGCCGGUGAUUGGGGUAACCGCCAGGAACUCAUCAACGAACUCGUAAAACGAAUGUGCUAA